GUUAUUCUUUAUUCGUCAGAUAUCAUUUUCCGAUACUAUAUAUAUGGUUGUUUGAGGGAGGGUAUGAAAUAUGUAUAUGUAAAAGAAGGCGUAUACAGUCUGUAAGUAAUUAGAAGGUGCACCAAACGACGUCGUUAGCUUCUUCCCCUUCCUUGUCUUUGAGACAGUUGUGCACCAAGGAACAGAACAAAAGCCAAAGCACCAGCAAGCAGUGUGAAACCAAAAAAUAGCAUUUGGUGUCGUCUCUGAAAUGCUUCUCUCUCUCAUUCGCUCCCUUCAACCGCCACCUGUUCAAUGAGAAGAAGGAAGAAAAGGAGCAAAGAGAAUUCAAACCUAUGAAGAAGAAGUCGGCGGCGGCGAUGGCUAUGGCGGCGACCGCCGGAAUGUCUGUGAGAAACGUGCUGUGGUUGUGGUGGAAGUUGUUGGUUCUGGUUUCUCUUACUAUUUGUGUGUUGGCUUUUCUCAAGCUCCAAAACUACUCUAUUUCCGAUUCGGAACUUUCCUCUUCUACUUCUGCAAUUUCUAGUAGAUCUCGAGCUGUUGAUUAUACUGGCAAUCCCAAAGUUGCUUUCCUCUUUCUAGUGCGUAGGAAUUUGCCUCUCGAUUUCCUUUGGGGAAAUUUCUUUGAGAAUGCUGACACUGGUAAUUUUUCCAUAUAUGUACAUUCGGAGCCUGGUUUUGUUUUUGAUGAGUCUACAACAAGAUCGACUUUCUUUUAUAAUCGCCAAUUGACAAAUAGCAUCAAGGUAGCUUGGGGAGAAUCAAGUAUGAUCCAAGCAGAGAAAUUAUUACUUGGCACAGCGCUUGAUGAUCCAGCAAAUCAAAGAUUUGUUCUCUUGUCGGACAGCUGUGUCCCACUGUACAACUUUAGCUUCAUAUACAACUACUUGAUGGCUUCUCCAAGGAGCUUUGUGGACAGUUUUCUUGAUAAAAAGGAUGUCCGCUACAACCCAAGGAUGUCACCCUAUAUACCAAUGAGCAAAUGGCGAAAAGGGUCACAGUGGAUCACUUUAAUCAGGAAGCAUGCAGAAGUGGUGGCAGAUGAUGAUACUGUGUUUCCAGUCUUCAAGAUGUUCUGCAAGAGACGUCCACCGCUGGAAGCCAGUAAGGGAAAGAAGAAUAUUAAACUUCAAAAGCAACACAACUGCAUUCCAGAUGAACACUAUGUGCAGACAUUGUUGGCGAUACAUGGGUUUGAAGGAGAACUUGAACGUAGAACGAUAACCUAUACAGAGUGGAAUGAAUCUGUGACAAAUAUGGAGAAAAAGGGUUGGCAUCCCAUAACAUUUAGCUAUGCAAAUGCUGGGCCUGUACAGAUCAAGAGAAUAAAGGAUAUCCGCAAUGUUUACUAUGAAAGCGAGUACAGGACAGAGUGGUGUCGGAAUAAUUCUACGCUUGCCCCCUGUUUUCUGAUUGCAAGGAAAUUCUCACGAGGGGCUGCAAUGCGCCUCUUGAGUGAAGGAAUAGUUUCUCCAUUCGACGCCUCCUCUAUAAUGAAUUUGACACCAUGAUAU